AUGACUCUCUCUUUAGCUUCUACAAUGCCGACAAAAAACUCAACACGAUCCCAAGUACCCACAAAUACACUCAUCCUUCAGUCUCGCAACAAUACGUUCCAGACGAAGAUGCUUGAGCUAAGAGAAAAGGUUCAUUUGAAGAUCGGACGCCAAAUCUCUUCAAAGACACCACCCGGCCCACUCAACGGCUAUUUCGAUUCCAAAGUGCUGUCCAGAGCCCACGCAGAAUUAUGGUCGGACAAGGGCAAAGUCUACAUCAAGGACGUCAAAUCUAGUAAUGGCACGUUCUUGAAUAGUCUCAGACUAUCGCCUGAAAACGAGGAAAGUGUACCAAUAGAGCUGCAAACAGGCGAUGAAUUAGAGUUUGGAAUCGAUAUAACUAAUGAUGAUGGCUCUGUAUUGUAUCAUAAAGUUGCGUGCGAUGUUCAUCUAUUCUCUACACCGUUGUCUCAGGUGGACACAGCAAUUACACAAGAAUUAAAUAUGCCUAUGAGUAACGGCUACAGCCAAGGAUAUUCGGAUAUUCCAAAACUACAGCGUAAAUCGUCUUCUUGUUCCGUUUCUUCCGUUUCUACAAUUUCUUCUGCCAACGAUAUUAAUGUUUCAGCAGCGGUUCCACCAACAACAGGAAAACGAUCCCGCCAUUGGGAACUUUUGCUGACAAAAUUACAAGGGGAAUUGCAAAGAGCAAAGGAAGUUGGAAAUGAGCUGGCAUCGAUGAAAGAGUCUGUACUGGAUGUAGACAAAAUAUUUAAUGAAGACAAAUUAAAGAAAUCUGAUGAGCACAAUAUUCUUUUGCAACAACAAUUAGCCAAAUCAGCGGCUCAAUUAGCAUCUUAUGCAGAAAAAUGUAGACAACAAGAGCGUGCUCUUUUAUCAGCAAAUCAAGAAUUACAUAAUCGGCAACAAACAAUAAGAGCUAUGGAGAAGGAAGGUUAUAGAAACGACUCAGAAAACAAUCGGUCUGAGACCAAGCAGAAUCGAUGGCAAAGCGAAGAAGCUCAAUUGGAAUUCGAGAAAGAAAAGAUAAGGCUAAACAAAGCUUUGGUGGCUAAGGAAGUCGAGUGCAUAGAUUUGAAAAGUAUGUGUAUUGAGCUGGAGAAACAAAACCGGAGACUCGAGAAAAUCGUUAAUGGGCAGUCUAGUUCUAAAGAUUUGGCGGGGGCACUACAGCUACCCGGAGUAUUAGGUCUAAUUGGGCUUAUGAUUGGCAUUAUUGCAUUUCUUGUAUAUCGGAUAAUCAGCACACCACAAUAUACCACACCAUAA